AUGUCGCCAAGCACACUGCUGCCCGAGCCGAGCUUCACGCUUACUCCUAUGGACAAGACGCCAAAGGAGAAACAUGACUUUGGUGCAGUCGUCACUGACCUGGACCUCAAUGAGAUUUCAGAUGAGGAUGUCUCGGCUCUGCGAGAAGCCAUCUGGAAGCACAAGGUCGUCGUAGUCAAGGGGCAAAAGGACCUGCUUCCUACAAAGCAGUGGGAACUUGUGACCCGGUUCGACCCUGAUGCACCACAGGUGCACUCACACGGCAACCUGAAGGAGUUCAACAAGAAGGGCGGUGUCUUGUCGGCAAGUCGCGACGUCUACGCCAUCCCCGGGGCCGAGAACGUCCGGCUCAUCGGCAAGGGCUACCAGGGAGCCGACCACUUCGGCCUCAAAGACGUCACAGUCAAGCACGCCCUGUCCCACGACUGGCACGCGAUCGAGCUGCCCCUGGACCAGUUCAACAGGGGCCACACGCGCUUCCAGCGGUGGCACAUCGACGCCCCGCUCUACGCGCGGGAUCCCGCCUGGUUCACCACCCUGCGGUGCGUGACGAAGCCCAGGCGACCCGACGGCGCGCACCUCACCAUCCACUGGGACGACGGCUCGGGCACCACCAUGCCGACCGAGCCGGGCCUCACGGCCUUCGUCAGCUGCGUGCAGAUGUACGACCUGAUGAGCGACGGGGAGAAGCAGGUGGCGGACCACUCCUGGGUCGAGUACGCGCCCCACCCCUACCAGUGGAUCGCCGACUGCAAGGGCAACACCACCGGCCUCGGCCUCUACACGCAGGGCAAGGAGCGCAGGGUCGAGGACAUCAGCGACUGGGACCCCAGGGAGGUCAAGCGGUACCCGAUGGCGUGGGUGAACCCCGUCACCGGCGAGAAGGCGUUCAUGGUGCACGGGAUCUGCGCGCGCAGGCUGUUCCUCCGGUCGUCGCCCGGCGAGGAGCCCCGGGUCGUCGACGACGUCGUCGAGAUCCGGGCCUUCCUCAAGGAGAUCCAGUCGCGCGUCCUGAAGCCCGAGUACGUCAUGCUGCCGCCCCUGGAGGAAGGCGACAUCGUCAUGUGGGCCAACUACCAGAUGUUCCACACCGCCGUCGACUACCCGGACUCGUUUGGGCCGAGGUCGAUGCACCAGGCGAACAUCGGGGCCAGCACGGGGCCUGUUGGGCCGGUACCGAUUCCCGCUACUGCUUGA